GACCGGCACAGGGACGGCUCCGGGGGGCGGGGGCCGGGGCCCGGGCCGGCUUGUGCGGGGGGUAUGAUGACCCGGCGGCGGGGCCCCGGAUCUCGUCUCCUCCGCCGCCUCCCCUCGGCAGCCCCAGCUCGCGGCUGAGAACCAGACACACCGGCGGUAUGGCAUCACAGCUGCAGGUGUUUUCCCCCCCAUCAGUGUCGUCGAGUGCCUUCUGCAGUGCGAAGAAACUGAAAAUAGAGCCCUCUGGCUGGGAUGUUUCAGGACAGAGCAGCAACGACAAAUAUUAUACCCACAGCAAAACCCUCCCAGCCACACAAGGACAAGCCAACUCCUCUCACCAGGUAGCAAAUUUCAACAUCCCUGCUUACGACCAAGGUCUCCUGCUCCCAGCCCCUGCAGUGGAGCAUAUUGUUGUAACAGCUGCUGAUAGCUCAGCUAGUGCUGCUACAUCAACCUUCCAAAGCAGCCAGACCCUGACUCACAGAGGCAACGUUACUUUGCUUGAGCCAUAUCAAAAAUGUGGAUUGAAAAGAAAAAGUGAGGAAGUUGACAGCAACGGUAGCGUGCAGAUCAUAGAAGAACAUCCCCCUCUCAUGCUGCAAAACAGGACUGUGGUGGGUGCUGCUGCCACGACCACCACUGUGACCACAAAGAGUAGCAGUUCCAGCGGAGAAGGGGAUUACCAACUGGUCCAGCAUGAGAUCCUUUGCUCUAUGACCAACAGCUAUGAAGUCUUGGAGUUCCUAGGCCGGGGGACAUUUGGACAGGUAGCUAAAUGCUGGAAGCGGAGCACGAAGGAAAUUGUGGCUAUUAAAAUCUUGAAGAAUCAUCCCUCGUAUGCCAGACAAGGACAGAUUGAAGUGAGCAUUCUUUCCCGCCUAAGCAGUGAAAAUGCUGAUGAGUAUAAUUUUGUCCGUUCUUAUGAGUGCUUUCAACAUAAGAAUCACACCUGCCUUGUUUUUGAGAUGUUGGAGCAGAACUUAUAUGAUUUUCUAAAGCAGAACAAGUUUAGCCCACUGCCACUCAAGUACAUCAGACCAAUCUUGCAGCAGGUGGCCACAGCCUUGAUGAAGCUCAAGAGCCUUGGUUUGAUUCACGCUGACCUUAAGCCUGAAAACAUAAUGCUGGUUGAUCCAGUUCGCCAACCCUACCGAGUGAAGGUCAUUGACUUUGGUUCUGCCAGUCACGUUUCCAAAGCUGUGUGCUCAACCUACUUACAGUCACGUUACUACAGGGCCCCUGAGAUUAUUCUUGGAUUGCCAUUUUGUGAAGCUAUUGACAUGUGGUCACUGGGCUGUGUGAUAGCUGAGCUAUUCCUGGGAUGGCCACUGUAUCCUGGUGCUUCAGAAUAUGAUCAGAUUCGUUACAUUUCACAAACACAAGGCCUACCAGCUGAAUAUCUUCUCAGCGCUGGGACAAAAACAACUAGGUUCUUCAACAGAGAUCCUAAUUUGGGCUACCCACUAUGGAGACUUAAGACACCUGAAGAACAUGAGUUGGAGACUGGAAUAAAAUCAAAAGAAGCUCGGAAGUACAUUUUCAACUGUUUAGAUGACAUGGCUCAGGUGAAUAUGUCUACAGACUUAGAGGGAACAGACAUGUUGGCAGAGAAGGCGGAUCGAAGAGAAUACAUUGAUCUUUUAAAAAAAAUGUUAACAAUUGAUGCAGAUAAGAGAAUUACUCCUCUGAAAACUCUUAACCAUCAGUUUGUAACAAUGACUCACCUUCUGGAUUUUCCGCAUAGCAAUCAUGUUAAAUCUUGUUUUCAGAACAUGGAGAUCUGCAAGCGGAGGGUUCACAUGUAUGAUACAGUGAGUCAGAUCAAGAGUCCUUUCACUACACAUGUUGCCCCAAAUACAAGCACAAAUCUAACAAUGAGCUUCAGCAACCAGCUUAAUACAGUGCAUAAUCAGGCCAGUGUUCUAGCUUCCAGUUCUACUGCAGCAGCUGCCACUCUUUCUCUGGCUAAUUCAGAUGUCUCUCUGCUAAACUACCAGUCAGCUUUGUACCCUUCGUCUGCAGCACCAGUUCCUGGAGUUGCCCAGCAGGGUGUUUCCUUGCAACCUGGAACCACCCAGAUUUGCACUCAGACAGAUCCAUUCCAACAGACGUUUAUAGUAUGUCCACCUGCUUUCCAAACUGGACUGCAAGCAACAACAAAGCAUUCUGGAUUCCCUGUGAGGAUGGAUAAUGCCGUGCCAAUUGUACCCCAGGCCCCAGCUGCUCAGCCACUACAGAUUCAGUCAGGAGUUCUUACACAGGGAAGCUGUACACCACUAAUGGUAGCAACUCUCCACCCUCAAGUAGCCACCAUCACACCGCAGUAUGCGGUGCCCUUUACUCUGAGCUGCGCAGCCGGCCGGCCGGCACUGGUUGAACAGACUGCCGCUGUACUGCAGGCUUGGCCUGGAGGAACUCAACAAAUUCUCCUGCCUUCAACGUGGCAACAGUUGCCUGGGGUAGCUCUACACAACUCUGUCCAACCCACAGCAGUGAUUCCAGAGGCCUUGGGGAGUAGCCAGCAGCUGGCAGACUGGAGGAAUGCCCACUCUCAUGGCAACCAGUAUAGCACCAUCAUGCAGCAGCCAUCCUUGCUGACUAACCAUGUGACACUGGCCACUGCUCAGCCCCUAAAUGUUGGUGUUGCCCAUGUUGUCAGACAGCAGCAGUCUAGUUCUCUCCCUUCAAAGAAGAAUAAGCAGACUGCUCCAGUCUCUUCCAAAUCCUCUCUGGAAGUUCUGCCUUCCCAAGUCUAUUCUCUGGUUGGGAGCAGUCCUCUCCGCACCACUUCUUAUAAUUCCCUAGUCCCUGUCCAAGAUCAGCAUCAGCCAAUCAUCAUUCCAGAUACUCCCAGCCCUCCUGUGAGUGUCAUCACCAUCCGAAGUGACACUGAUGAGGAAGAGGACAACAAAUAUAAGCCCAAUAGCUCUGGCCUGAAGCCAAGGUCUAAUGUCAUCAGUUAUGUCACUGUCAAUGAUUCUCCAGACUCUGACUCUUCCUUGAGCAGCCCAUAUUCCACUGACACCUUGAGUGCUCUCCGGGGCAACAGUGGAUCUCUUCUGGAGGGGCCAGGCAAAGUUGUGGCAGAUGGCACAGGCACCCGCACCAUAAUUGUGCCUCCGCUGAAAACUCAGCUUGGUGACUGCACAGUAGCAACCCAGGCCUCAGGUCUCCUGAGCAGUAAGACCAAGCGUGUGGCCUCAGUGAGUGGGCAGUCAUCUGGAUGCUGUAUUACCCCUACAGGGUACCGAGCUCAACGUGGGGGUGCCGGCGCAGCCCAGCCACUCAACCUUAGCCAGGCUCCACAUUUCAAGAGAGAUAUGAAGAACUUAGAGGAGAACAAAAGGAAACAAUGGCAAGAAAGAAAGAACCAGCAGUCAUCUUCAGCUCCAACCUCUCAGGAGAGAAGCAGCAACCCUGCCCCCCGCAGGCAGCAGGCGUUUGUGGCCCCGCUCUCCCAAGCCCCCUACGCCUUUCAGCAUGGCAGUCCACUACACUCGACGGGGCACCCACACCUGGCCCCAGCCCCUGCUCACCUGCCAAGCCAGCCUCACCUGUACACGUAUGCUGCCCCCACCUCUGCUGCUGCAUUGGGCUCCACCAGCUCCAUUGCUCAUCUGUUCUCUCCCCAGGGUUCCUCAAGGCAUGCUGCAGCCUAUACCACCCACCCAAGCACUCUUGUGCACCAAGUCCCUGUCAGUGUUGGUCCCAGCCUCCUCACUUCUGCCAGUGUGGCCCCUGCUCAGUACCAACACCAGUUUGCUACCCAGUCCUACAUUGGGUCCUCUCGAGGCUCAACAAUUUACACUGGAUACCCGCUGAGUCCUACCAAGAUCAGCCAGUAUUCAUACUUGUAGUUGGUGAGCAUGAGGGAGGAGAGAUCAUGGCUGCCUGCUCCUGGCCCUGAGUUGUUAAUAAUGGGCUGUGGUGAACUCCUCCUUUACUCUCUCCUGAAAUUCCUUAGCCAGCAACUCGUUCUGCAGGGGCCCACUGAAGCAGAAGGUUUUUCUCUGGGGAACCUGUCUCAGUGUUGACUGCAUUGUUGUAGUCUCCCAAAGUUUGCCCUAUUUUUUAAUUCUUUAUUUUUGUGACAGCAUUUUUGGUAUUGGAAGAGUUCAGAUGCCCAUCUUCUGCAGUUACCAAGGAAGAGAGAUCAUUCUGAAGUUAACUCUUUGAAAAAUAUUGUCUCUCUGACUUGAUUUAUAAGUGCUUUUAAAAACAAGUGAAGCCCCCUCUUUAUUUAAGUUUGUUUAUUGUGUCAGAGGAAAAAUGCUGAUAGAAGGAUUGGAAGUCUGAUAACAAGUGAGAAAAGUCUUUUUGUUUAUUUAAAAACCAAACUUAUUUGCCUUUUUUAGUUUGAAAGCAGCUUAUACAAGACUGUUCUUUACUAUCAGGCAUUUCUCCUCAAAAUUUUAUCUUUGUUUAUGAAACAUUUAAACUUAACAGUGUUUUAGUUUGUUUUCAUGUUGCAUCAUACUUAAUGAGCAGUUUUGCAAAACUGGGUAUAUGUAUGACUCUGUGUUACUAUUAAUAUUCUCUCAGUUGCUCUUGUUUUUAUGAAAGUGGUGUUAAAUAGGCAGCUUACCACUUACUGGUAACUUAGUGUGUGAGAGAACCCAUACCUACCAUGAAAGCACCAAGUGUUCUUUUAAAAUGAAGCACCAUGAAUUCUUUCUUAAAUUAUUUUUUAAAAAUCUUUCUCUGAUUCAGCUUAAAUUUUAUGGGAUAAGCCAUUAAGGUGGUUAAUAUUGUAUGGUGGUGGUUGUUUUAUUAUAUGCAAAAUAUCUUUCUAUUAUGAAAUAGUGGCAUUGAUGAGCUUUGCCUAAAGGUUGUGGUAUUGAUGAGCUUUGCCUAAAGUUAGUAUAAAUUUUCAAUAAUACACCUAUGUGUUUUCCUCGUCUCCCUUCCUGUUUUUAUGUGGUUUAUUUGGGGAGAAAGCUAAAGAAUCUGAAACCAGAUAAGAACGUCAUUGUGUAUAGCUUUUAUACUUUUAAGUAGCUUCCUUUGUAUGCCAGCAGCAAAUUGAAUGCUCUCUUAUUAAGACUUAUAUAAUAAGUGCAUGUAGGAAUUGCAAAAAAUAUUUUAAAAAUUUAUUACUGAAUUUAAAAAUAUUUUAGAAGUUUUGUAAUGGUGGUGUUUUAAUAUUUUGCAUAAUUAAAUAUGUACAUAUUGAUUAGAAAAAUAUAACAAGCAAUUUUUCCUGCUAACCCAAAAUGUUGUUUGUAAUCAAAUGUGUAGUGAUUACACUUGAAUUGUGUAUUUAGUGUGUAUCUGAUCCUCCAGUGUUACCCCGGAGAUAGAAUUGAUGUCUCCAUUGUAUUUAAACCAAAAUGAACUGAUACUUGUUGGAAUGUAUGUGAACUAAUUGCAAUUAUAUUAGAGCAUAUUACUGUAGUGCUGAGUGAGCAGGGGCAUUGCCUGCAAGGAGAGGAAACCCUUGGAAUUGUUUUGCACAGGUGUGUCUGGUGAGGAGUUGUUCAGUGUGUGUCUCUUCCGCCCCUUCUUCCUCCCCUUAUUGUAGUGCCUUAUAUGAUAAUGUAGUGGUUAAUAGAGUUUACAGUGAGCUUGCCUUAGGAUGGACCAGCAAGCCCCCCGUGGACCCUAUGCAGUUCACUGGGAUUUAUCAGAACAGGAUUAGUAUCUGUGUUGUGUAAAUGCAUUGUUCUCAGUUUCCCUGCUGACUUGGAAAAAUAAAAACAGCAGCUUUUCUUCUUUGCCGCCAUCUCUACCCUUUUCCAUUUUGGGUUCUGAGCUGAGUUCUCACAGGAGCAUUUUCCCAGUGUGGCGCUCACUAUGUGUUGCUACCAUGUUUCUGGGAGAAUUCGGGAAGCAGGUGAGAGGAAUCAAGCCGAUGUUAAAUAUGCAUUUUUUAAAAAAGUAUGUGCAAUCACUUUUAGAAUGCGAUUUUUUUUUUCUUUUCCCAUGUGGCUGUCCUUCCUACAAAUAGUUGACAUUGCUAGUAAAAUAUUUGCUUGUUAAAAAAAAUCACAUAGCAGAUGUGUUUAUACCAAAGAGCCUGUUGUAUUGCUUACCAUGGCCCCCCCAUACUAUGAGGAAGAGUUUGUGGUACCGCUGGUGACAAGGAACUCACAGCAAGGUUUACUAACCAGUGAAGGAUACUAAGAAGGAACCAAAGCCUGUGGAAUCAUUGGGGCUUUUGAAGUUUCUUUCUUACAACUUGUAUAUUCUUGGGGCCCUUCAAGCUGUGAAAUUGUCCUUGUACUCUCAGUUCCUACAUGGAUCUGGGUCAAGUAGAAGGUACUGGGGCUGGGUACAUUCCUGCCUAUAAAGGUUACAGAGAAGAAGGUUAACCCUAAGAUAUAGAUGUGUUCCAUCUGAAAAUCGUCUAUUUGAGGGAUAAUUCUAGGACUGGUUCUAUAUGGAGAUGGUGUCAAGGAGGUGUGGGAUGGAGAUGGGAGAUUUCAUGGAGCCUGGUCAGCAAGCUCUGUACCGGGUUGAACACCGAGGAGCUGUCAAAGUAUCUGGAGUUUCUUCAUUGUAAGGAGUAAGGACUUCCAAGAUGGGGCGGGUAGUCAGUAUAGCUUACCAGGAACAUGUGUGUGUGUGUGUGAGAGAGAGAGAGAGAGAGAGAGAGUGUGUGUGUGUGUGUGUGUGUGUGAUGGUUACACUGAGUUGUGUUUUCAGCAUCAUAUUGGUCAAGAUAGCCAAGCAGUUUGUAUGGUUUCUGUGGCUAGUGAUAAAUUGUUUUUUGGUCAGUGUGUGUAAUCUUUGUGUCUCCUUUUUGCCAAGCACAUUCUGACUUCCUUGUUCAAACGCAAAUCUAGUUUCUAAUGGAAACAUUUUUUGUUCCUUAUCUUUCUUCUGCAAGGGACAUGACUUAAUUGUUUUUGUACAAAAUGAGAUGCAGGAAAAGAAAAUUCACCCCUGCCCCUGAGUCCAACAAGUAGAUGCCAUUUAAUAUAGAAGUCUUCACUCGGUGCAAAAAGGUAAUACCAAGAGCUUGUGUUUGUUACCUUAGUCACCUGACUAGCACUGUGGCUACAGAAACUUCAGAAAUUUUCUGUCUCAGUCUGCAAAUUGGCAUUUCAGAUAUACCAAAAUAAAAAUUCACCUGUGUCUGCCAAAUGUGUAUGUGUUCAAUGUGGCUUCAGAUUCUGUCCCUGGGGCUUAAAACACUGCUGGCCCUGACAGUAUGGGGGAAGCCCCAAGAAUUUAGUGAGCAGCUGGCCUGGGUCACAGUGGCCUGACCUCAAACCAGCUUAAGGCUUAAGUCCUCUCAGAACUUGGAUCUCCGCGUCUCCCCUUCUAGGUGAGAGGGAAGUGGGGAAGAGUUAAGUAUAGGCUCAUCAGGACACUCGAUCACUCCUGAGUUUUUAGUGGUUCCCAGGAGGUGAUACGAUUCUGUGCUCAGCUGAAAUACUAACCCCAGGAAUCAGAACUCCUUUUCAAAUAGUUUUGGCCAUUCUGAGCCUGCUUUUGUGAUUGCUCAUCCAUCGUUGUCCACUAGAGGGGCUAAGCUUGACUGCCUUAGCCAGGCAAGCGCAGAAAUGUGUGUUGUUUAAUUCAGCAUUCUUAUGCAAAAAUCCACUAGUAGAGAUGGUUUGUUUUAGGAUAGGAAAUGAAAUUGCCUCUCAGUGACUGGAAUGGCCCGAGCCUGCUUCCUCUUUAGAUUUUUUUUUGAACUGAUGAAUGGUGCAGCAUGUCUACAUGGUUGUUUGUUGCUAAACUUAAUAUAAUGUGUGGUUUCAAUUCAGCUUGAAAAAUAAUCUCACUACAUGUAGCAGUACAUUAUAUGUACAUUAUAUGUAAUGUUAGUAUUUCGGCUUCAAAUCCUUGAUAUUGCAAUGGAAUUCCUACUUUAUUAAAUGUAUUUGAUAUGCUAGUUAUUGUGUGCGAUUUAGACUUUUUUUUUGCUUUCUCCCUUUUCUGGUUGUGCGCUUACUUUUACAGCAAGCCUCUAGAAACAGAUAGUUUCUGAGAAUUACUGAGCUAUGUUUGUAACGCAGACGUACUUAGGGAGUAUGUAAAAUAAUCAUUUUAACAAAAGAAAUAGAUAUUUAAAAUUUAAUACUAACUACGGGAAAAGGGUCCAUUGUGUAAAACAUAGUUUAUCUUUGGAUUCAAUGUUUGUCUUUGGUUUUACAAAGUAGCUUGUAUUUUCAGUAUUUUCUACAUAAUAUGGUAAAAUGUAGAGCAAUUGCAAUGCAUCAAUAAAAUGGGUAAAUUUUCUGAUUCACGUGACUGUUUUUG